AAAAAGUUCAAAAAUUUUGAUAACACUCUGUAUCGAUCAGAUACCGAUCCGGAUUGGUCCGUAUCAGAUGGAAUUACCUCUGGUUUUAUCAAUACGGGAUCGGUCAAGAAAUGCUAUCGAUACGAUAAGGAUGGGCUGAUCCGAUUCGGAUUACCAAAGCCACACUUCUAGGCAAGAAGAUCCUCUUCAAAAUUCACAAGGAUUUUGAGGGAGGAGUUUCUGUUCGAGUCCGUGUGACAUUCUGCUCAGGCCAUUGUCAGGUCAGGUAUAAUUUCUGAUAGACUUGACUGUUGUUUGUCCGUUUACCUGUUGAUCUCAAUUCGCCCUAAGCUCUGGAUGUCGGAACUCUGAAGAAAAAGCAAAUUUUCAUGGCAUUGCUAAUUAGACCCCAAGUCCCUCCGAUGUUGUGAAGAAGACUUUCAAUAGAUUAGAGUCUCUACUUUGAACCCAGUUAUGGAUACCCUGAGAGCUACUUACAGGGACGAUGAUGACGAUGAAGACGAUUGGAGCAACAAUGAACUCAUCAAUAAAGCUCAACCCACCACCACUGAGCUUUCUGUGAAGAACCCAGAAAUCCACUUGAAGGAAGAACAAGAAGCCUCCGAGGAGCUCUCCGAAGACGAAGCCUCCGACGAUGACAACGACGAAGCUGCCCCAAAAACCCUACAGCAAGAACAACAGGAACAAGAACAAGAGCAACAAUCACCGAAACCCAACUCAGUCUCCGACGAAGAUGAAAAUCUCCCUAAGAAGAAGAAGAAGAAGCCCCUCUCUUCCUUCACUUCCCAAGCCCCCGAAGCAAUACCACAAGAAGCGGCGCUGGAAGCAAUCGCCCUAACAGCACUAACAACGGUAGCGACGACGACGGCCAUGAAGAAACCAAAGAAGAAAAACAACAAUGUUUGGGCAAAAUCAUCACGCAAGUACAAGAAGAAGAGCAAAUCCAAUGGCCACCACGUUACCCCAGAGAACAAUGUCUUUAUAGCUCCAAUGGCUCGGUUCCCUGACAAGACCGACGAUACACCUGACAUGAAAAUUUGUCUUUCUAAGGUCUACAAGGCUGAGAAAGUUGAGCUGAGCGAUGACCGCAUGUCUGCGGGGAGCUCCAAAGGGUACAGAAUGGUUAGGGCGACGAGAGGGGUUGUUGAGGGUGCUUGGUAUUUUGAGAUUAAGGUAUCCAAGCUUGGGGAGACUGGUCAUACGAGGCUUGGGUGGUCGACAGAGAAGGGGGAUUUGCAAGCGCCUGUUGGGUACGAUGGGAACAGUUUUGGGUAUAGAGAUAUAGAUGGGAGUAAGAUUCAUAAGGCUUUGAGAGAGAAAUAUGGAGAAGGUUAUGUCGAAGGUGAUGUUAUCGGUUGCUAUAUUAAUUUGCCUGAUGGAGCUCUGUAUGCCCCCAAACCACCAAAUUUUGUCUUUUAUAAGGGGCAGAAGUAUGCUUGUGCUCCUGAUGGAAAGGAGGAUCCACCCAAAGUAGUACCAGGAAGUGAGAUAUCGUUCUUCAAGAAUGGUGUAUGCCAAGGUGUUGCUUUCAAGGAUCUAUAUGGGGGCCGCUACUACCCUGGUGCUUCCAUGUACACACUUCCCAACCAGCCCAACUGUGUGGUCAGGUUCAAUUUUGGCCCUGAAUUUGAAUGCUUUCCCCAGGACUUUGAAGGCCGUCCAAUACCCAUACCCAUGAUUGAAGUUCCCUACCAUGGACUUGACAGCACUGUUGAGAAUGUUGCAUCUGGAGAGAAGCAAAGUUAGCCGAGUCAUUUUGCCUUUUUUUUUUCUAGGAAAAUGUUUUGACAGUUGGAAUGAAUGAGUACCUGGUGCUGUAUAUUUCUAAUUAUUGUUUCCUUAUGACUAUGAACAGAGAGCUGUAAAUGAUGAAAUUUUCUUCUGAAGAAAGAAUGAUCUGAUUCUACUUCAUACAA